AUGUCGGCUCCCGCCGGGCCCCGAGGCGGCCCCGCUGCUCCUCAGCCUCCUCCGGCUCCUCAGCCCGAGAUGCCUGACCUCAGCCACCUCACGGAGGAAGAGCGGAAGAUCAUUUUGGCCGUCAUGGACCGCCAAAAGAAGGAAGAGGAGAAGGAGCAAUCCGUGCUCAAAAAAUUACAUCAGCAGUUUGAAAUGUAUAAGGAGCAAGUGAAGAAGAUGGGUGAAGAAUCACAGCAGCAACAGGAGCAGAAGGGUGAUGCCCCAACCUGUGGCAUCUGCCACAAAACAAAAUUUGCUGAUGGCUGUGGCCAUAACUGUUCAUAUUGCCAAACUAAAUUCUGUGCACGCUGUGGAGGAAGAGUGUCUUUACGAUCAAAUAAGGAGGACAAAGUGGUAAUGUGGGUAUGUAACUUGUGCCGAAAACAACAAGAAAUCCUCACAAAAUCGGGAGCCUGGUUCUAUAACAGUGGAUCAAAUGCACCCCAGCAGCCUGACCAAGAAGGUAUUAGAGGUCUGCGGAACGAAGAAGCACCUCAAGAGAAAAAAGCAAAGCUGCAGGAACAUUCACAGUACCAAGGACCAUCAGGUGACAUAUCCACAAAAGUUUUGGACAAAAGUAGGUCUCAAGGGCUCACAAGACAAGACUCAAUUAAGAAUGGUUCAGGAAUAAAGCACCAAGUAACAAGUGACACAACAGACAGGAAAAGAAGCCCAUCAAUAUCAAGAGAGCAGAACAGAAGAUACGACCAAAGGGACGAGAGAGACGAAUAUUCACAGUAUGCUACAUCAGACAGUGCGAUGCCUAGGUCACCAUCAGAUUAUUCAGAUAGGCGGUCUCAGCGUGGGCCUCAGUUAUAUGAAGAACCUGAAUUGGGUGAUUAUAGAGAUUCAAACAGAAGGAGUCGCAGGCGUUCCAAGGAGUAUCCGGUAGAAGAGGAAGAUGCACAAAACAGGGAAGAAUAUGAAAGACAGAGGAGGGAAGAGGAGUACCAGGCACGAUAUCGAAGUGAUCCUAAUUUGGCUCGUUAUCCAGUCAAACCACAACCAUAUGAGGAACAAAUGCGUAUUCAUGCUGAAGUGUCCCGAGCACGUCAUGAGCGGAGACAUAGUGAUGUUUCAUUGGCAAAUACUGAGUUGGAAGAUUCCCGGAUGUCCAUGCUUAGAAUGGAACGACCAUCAAGACAAAGAUCAGUGUCUGAGCGCAGGGCUGCCAUGGAAAAUCAACGUUCAUACUCUAUGGAAAGAACUCGAGAGGCUCAGGGACCAAGUCCCAAUCGUCAGAGGACCACAAAUCAUAGCCCUCCUACACCUAGGAGGAGUCCAAUUCCUCUGGAAAGACCAGACAUGAGGCGCUCUGAUUCAUUAAGGAAACAACACCAUUUGGAUCCUAAUUCUGCUGUACGGAAAACAAAGCGUGAAAAGAUGGAGACCAUGUUACGGAAUGAUUCACUCAGCUCAGACCAAUCUGAAUCUGUCAGACCUCCACCACCAAAGCCCCAUAAAACGAAAAAGGGAGGUAAAAUGCGUCAGGUUUCGUUAAGUAGCUCAGAAGAAGAAUUGGCAUCCACUCCAGAGUAUACGAGUUGUGAUGAUGUAGAGAUUGAAAGUGAAAGUGUUAGUGAAAAAGGGGACAGUCAAAGGGGAAAAAGAAAAACUAGUGAGCAGGCAGUUUUGUCGGAUUCUAACACCUUAUCCGAGAGGCAAAAGAAAAUGGUGUGCUUUGGUGGCCACUCUUUGGAAGAGGAUUUGGAAUGGUCUGAGCCUCAGAUAAAAGACUCUGGGGUAGAUACGUGUAGUAGCACAACUCUAAACGAGGAACAUAGCCAUAGCGAGAAGCAUCCAGUAACUUGGCAACCGUCCAAAGAUGGAGACCGUCUCAUUGGUCGGAUAUUGUUAAAUAAACGACUAAAAGAUGGAAGUGUGCCUAGAGACUCAGGAGCUAUGCUUGGAUUGAAGGUAGUAGGAGGAAAGAUGACUGAAUCAGGUCGACUCUGCGCGUUCAUCACCAAAGUUAAAAAAGGAAGCUUAGCUGAUACAGUGGGACAUCUUAGACCAGGUGAUGAAGUAUUAGAAUGGAAUGGGAGGCUACUACAAGGAGCUACUUUUGAGGAGGUGUAUAACAUCAUUUUAGAAUCCAAACCUGAGCCACAAGUGGAGCUUGUUGUUUCAAGACCAAUAGGGGACAUUCCCAGAAUACCUGACAGCACACAUGCACAGCUGGAGUCCAGUUCUAGUUCAUUUGAAUCUCAAAAAAUGGACCGACCUUCUAUUUCAGUGACUUCUCCUAUGAGUCCUGGCAUGUUAAGGGAUGUUCCACAGUUCUUGUCUGGACAACUUUCAAGCCAAAGCCUUAGUAGAAGAACAACGCCUUUUGUUCCUAGGGUUCAGAUAAAACUGUGGUAUGACAAGGUUGGUCAUCAGUUAAUAGUGACAAUAUUGGGAGCAAAGGAUCUUCCUUCAAGGGAAGAUGGGAGGCCAAGGAAUCCUUAUGUUAAAAUUUACUUUCUUCCAGACAGAAGUGAUAAAAAUAAAAGAAGAACAAAAACAGUAAAGAAAACAUUGGAACCCAAAUGGAAUCAGACAUUCAUUUACUCUCCAGUUCAUCGGAGAGAGUUUAGAGAACGAAUGUUAGAAAUUACUCUUUGGGACCAAGCACGAGUUCGAGAGGAAGAAAGUGAAUUUUUAGGAGAGAUUCUUAUUGAGUUAGAGACUGCAUUACUAGAUGAUGAACCUCAUUGGUACAAACUUCAAACGCAUGAUGUCUCCUCAUUGCCAUUACCCCAUCCCUCACCAUAUUUGCCACGCAGACAACUCCAUGGUGAAAGUCCCACACGGAGGUUACAAAAUAAAGGCUUAUAUUCAUAUAAUUCAGGGUCCAAAAGAAUCAGCGACAGUGAAGUCUCUGAUUAUGACUGUGAUGAUGGAAUUGGUGUUGUUUCAGAUUAUCGACAUAAUGGGAGAGAUCUUCAAAGUUCAACGCUAUCAGUGCCAGAACAAGUUAUGUCAUCUAAUCAUUGCUCUCGAUCAGGCUCCCCUCACCGUGGAGAUAGUAUAGGACGGACUAGGUCAUGGUCUCCCAGUGUCCCUCCCCCACAAAGUCGGAAUGUGGAUCAGGGACCACGAGGGACUCGAUCUACUCCUGCGCAUUACAAUACCCUGAACCGAAUGGAUAGACACCGUGUUAUAGAUGACCACUACUCCCCGGACAGAGAGAGUCGUUAUGUUACAUUACUUCGUUCCCGGUACACCCAGUCCGUUGACCACCAUUACAGAGAUGUCAGCCAGGAUCACACAAUGUAUCCUCUAUUUUGUGAAGACGCAAUCAGAUUACUUCGCUCCCGUAAGAUGUGCCGUACCUAUUCUGAGGGUGCUUACUAUGAUCUUGAGAGGAGGACUAGGCAGGAGAGAAGAGUGCCUAAUUCAUAUUAUGAUGACACAACCUAUACUACUGAAAGGUGGUACAAUGGUGCAAGUUCAUGGGCAGAUCAUGUAGUCAAUGGUUCAGCUGAAAAUUAUGGCAAAGUUCCUAUAGCUAGUAGAAGAAUAACAUGUCCAAGGAUUGAAAUCCAGCAGCCAUCCACAGACACUGACAGAAGCGAGACUGUGGAUGUUUUUGCUGAUGAAGCUUCCCAUUCAGAAACAGAAGUGAUAGAAGAAGAAGUGAGGAAUUGUGAAGCAGCAGAUAGACAGCCAUAUCAAAGAUCCAGAUCAACAGAGCAACGUCCUAUGCUAGAGCGGACCAACUCCCGCUCCCGAUCCACAGAGCGUCCUGACUCAAACCUCAUCAGGUCGAUGCCUUCAUUAAUGACUGGAAGAUCUGCCCCUCCUUCACCUGCCUUACCGAGGUCACAUCCUAGAACUGGGUCUGUUCAGACAAGUCCAUCAAGUACUCCGGUAGCAGGACGAAGGGGCAGGCAGUUACCACAGCUCCCACCAAAGGGGACGUUGGAGAGAAACAAUGGAGACAAGGAGAUAGAAUCUUAUGAAGCAGGAGAUGAAGAAAACAAGCUUACUGGAGUUCAGGAAUCAGAGGUCAAGGAAGACUAUGAGGAAAAGCAUCAAAACCCACCCAUUAAUGGGCGAAAAGAAGUUACAUGGGAGGACCAGCAGAAAAAGGUGAAUGGUACAAUAACUGAUGACAAAGUAUUGCCGAAAAAGAAACACCAUUCUGAGACAGAAGAAGCGGAAUCAUCCAGGAGAAGAAACUCAGAAGAAAAGAAAGCAGAUCCAGAGAAUGGGGAUACAGGUUCUAUGGAUGUAGAAGAGAGGAAUCGCCAAAUGAAAAUGAGCAAGUACAAACAGGUAGCAGGAUCAGAUUCCAGGCUGGAACAAGAUUAUCAUUCUAAGUAUCGGUCAGGACGGGAUCCUCAGCGAGGUUCAGACAAUAUUUCCAAUAAGUCUUCAGAUAGCGAUGUCAGUGAUGUCUCUGCUGUGUCACGGACAAGCAGUGCUUCACGUUUCAGCAGCACAAGCUACAUGUCUGUCCAGUCAGAGCGCCCAAGAGGAAACAAGAAAAUAAGGAGGACAAGGGAUAUAGAGGGGGAAAAAGAGGGGGGGCUGGAAAGGGAUGAACAAAAUAGAAUAUUACCUGAGGAGGAAGAAAAAGAGGAGGAGAAGGAGGAAAAAGCAAAUGAGCAAGAAAUUCAUGAAAAAAAGGAAGGGCAAGAAGUGACAGAGAGCUGUGAUAAGGAGGAAAUCAAAGGAUCAGGGCAUGAUGAAAAAGCUCAAGAAGACCAAGCUGAGGAAGGGAAAGAGGAUGACAGUGUCUUUACAUCCAAAAUGCAAAGCAGACAGAUGGGUGCCUCAGGAAAGAACAUGACUAAGAGCACCAGCAUCAGCGGGGACAUGUACACACUGGAGAAGAACGAUGGCAGCCAGUCGGACACGGCAGUGGGUACUGUUGGUGGUGGCAGCAAAAAGAGGCGCUCCAGCAUCGGUGCAAAGAUGGUCGCCAUCGUGGGUCUCUCACGAAAAAGUCGUAGCACCUCACAGCUCAGCCAAACUGAAGCAGGGGGCAAGAAGCUGCGGAGCACCGUCCAGAGAAGCACUGAGACAGGACUGGCUGUGGAGAUGAGGAACUGGAUGACUCGUCAGGCCAGCCGGGAGUCGACAGAUGGGAGCAUGAACAGCUACAGCUCUGAGGGAAAUUUGAUUUUCCCUGGUGUGAGGUUGGCUGCAGACAGCCAGUUCAGUGAUUUUCUGGAUGGACUUGGUCCUGCCCAGCUUGUAGGACGACAGACUUUGGCAACACCAUCAAUGGGAGAUAUCCAGGUAGGAAUGAUGGACAAGAAAGGACAACUGGAAGUAGAAAUAAUCCGAGCUCGUGGCCUUGUUGUAAAACCAGGUUCAAAGACACUGCCAGCACCAUAUGUAAAGGUGUAUCUAUUAGAGAAUGGAGUCUGCAUAGCCAAAAAGAAAACAAAAGUAGCAAGAAAAACACUUGAACCACUUUAUCAGCAACUUUUAUCAUUUGAAGAGAGUCCCCAAGGAAAAGUUUUACAGAUAAUUGUUUGGGGAGACUAUGGACGUAUGGAUCACAAAUCCUUUAUGGGAGUGGCUCAGAUACUUUUAGAUGAACUGGACCUGUCCAACAUGGUGAUUGGGUGGUUCAAACUCUUUCCUCCUUCUUCCCUAGUAGACCCAACCUUAGCUCCUCUCACUAGAAGAGCUUCUCAGUCAUCUCUUGAAAGUUCAACAGGACCUUCGUAUGCUCGCUCAUAGCAGCUGUGAAACUGUUGUCAUAGCAA